UAGACUUCUUAAACGACAGAGGAGAAGAAAGCAGAGUGAAGAUGAAGUUCGGUGUAGCCCUCGCAACGCUCGGCCUCGUGGCCCAGGGAUCGGCCUUCGUGCCCUCCUUCAACGCGCGCCAGUCGUUCGUGGGGCAGACGGUAGCACAUGCGGCGGCGCCCGCGAGCACCCGCCACACCAGGCAGGUUCUCAAGGCGGUGGCGGCGGCCCCUGCCGUGGAGACGGAAGUCUUGACCAGGGCGGCUAACGAGGCGCGCGGCCUCGCGAUGGACUCCAUCGCCGCCGCUAACUCGGGCCACCUGGGCCUCCCGCUGGGCUGCGCCGAGAUGGGCGCCAUCCUCUUCGGCACGGAGAGCGGCCUCAGCUACAACCCCAGCGACCCCCAGUGGAUCAACCGCGACCGCUUCAUCCUGUCGGCCGGGCACGGCUCCAUGUUCAUUUACUCGUGGCUGCACCUCGCGGGCUACGACAUCCCCCUCGAGGAGGUGAAGAACUUCCGCCAGCACCACUCCAUGACGCCCGGCCACCCUGAGUUCCCCAGCUCGCAGCACGCCACCCCCGGGAUCGAGUCCACCACCGGCCCCCUCGGACAGGGUAUCGCGAACGCGGCAGGCAUGGCCGCCGCCGCCAAGAUGGCCGCCGCUCAGUUCAACACGGACAAGCACACCAUCUUCAGCAACCACAUCAUCGCUCUGUGCGGUGACGGAUGCAUGCAGGAGGGUGUGGGAGCCGAGGCCGCUGCCUUCUCCGCGCAUGAGCAGCUGGACAACCUCAUCAUCAUGUACGACUCGAACGACGUGACGCUCGACAAGAUGGCCGAGUUCACCAUGUCCGAGGACACCGCCACGCGCUACAAGUCGUACGGCUGGGACGUGGUGACCGUGGACGGACACGACCUCGAGGCGGUGUCCAAGGCGCUCGACGUCGCCAAGUCCACCAAGAACGGCAAGCCCAAGCUGAUCGAGUGCAAGACCGUGAUCGGCAAGGGCAUCGACGCCGUCGCGGGCACGAACGCGGCGCACGGCGAGGCCGGCGUGGCGUACACGGACGAGUCCCGCAAGUCGAUCGGCCUCCCGGAGGAGAAGUGGUUCGUGUCCGACGACACACGCUCCUUCUUCAAGGACCACGCCGCGUCCCUCUCUAAGACCUACGACGAGUGGCAGGGAACCUACAAGGAGUGGAAGGAGGAGAACCCUGACAAGGCCAAGAUGCUGCAGGACGGUAUCGACGGCGCGAUCCCCUCCGUCGACGAGCUGAUGGCGGCCAUCCCCGAGUUCGACCAGGACACGGACAUCGCCACCCGUAUCGCGGGGCAGAUGGUUCUCCAGCCCAUCGCCAAGUCGUGCCCCAUGUACGUGUCGGGGUCAGCUGACCUCCACGGGUCCAACAAGAACUACAUCGACAACGGCGGUGACUUCGGUGUCAACCUCGGCAAGAGCUACACCGGCCGUAACUUCUACUACGGCAUCCGCGAGCACGCCAUGGGGUCGAUCCUCAACGGUAUCUCGUACUUCGGCCUCCACCGCUGCUCCGGCUCCACCUUCCUGGUGUUCGCCGACUACAUGCGCGCCCCCAUGCGUGUGGCCGCUCUCUCUGAGCUGCCCGUGAACUACAUCCUCACCCACGACUCCAUCGGUGUCGGAGAGGACGGACCCACCCACCAGCCGGUCGAGACCGUGUCCGGCCUCCGCGUGUUCCCCAACAUGGACGUGAUGCGCCCGGCCGACCCCGAGGAGACCGCGGCCGCCUACGCCGCCGCCCUCGACCGCAAGGACGGCCCCACCGCCCUCAUCCUCACCCGUCAGAACGUCCGCACUCUUAAGGAGAUCCCGGUGGCGACCCGCCGGCAGGGAACUCUGAAGGGGGGCUACGUGGCCAAGAAGGAGGAGGGUGACCUCGAGCUCAUCAUCCUUGCGGCCGGAUCCGAGGUGCAGCACGCCGUAGCCGCCGCCGACACGCUUGGCAAGGGUGUACGCGUCGUGUCCGUGCCUUCCAUGUUCCGCUUCGACCAGCAGUCCGCGGAGUACAAGGAGGAGGUGCUGCCAGCGUCGUGCACCAAGAGGGUGGCCAUGGAGGCGGGUGUGUCCGGGCUGUGGUACAAGUACGUGGGCCUUGACGGCAAGGUCGUGGGUGUCGACAAGUUCGGCAUGUCCGCCCCGGGAGACAUCGUGAUGAAGGAGUACGGCAUGACCGCCGACAACUUGGUCGAGGAGUGCAAGAGCUACAUGUAGAUGUAGACGAGGCAGGCAGGCUCUCACAGGCUGAAUUUAUCUAGCUCUUUCCAACUGUCAUGUUGUCCUUCCUCCCCGAAGGGCUGGGGUUGUUUAGUAGACAGAAGCAUGUUUUAUCUGUCGUGUUUUCUUUUAUUUGGACCUUGAGCGUUCGUGGUGAGCUGUCGCUGCAAAGGACGUCGCAGGAGAAAGCGACGAUCCAAGAAAGGGGAAAAACAGCUUUUGAUCUGACGUAUGAUAUAUCACGUGUUUUUCUGAUGAGGGGGGGCCGCGGAGAGAGAAACUAUCGACUUGACCACGGACGAUGUAUGUUUUUUGGCCGGGGCAAUCGCUGUUUUUGAGUACUUCUACGCUGCUUCCAAACCCCUUCAUCUCAGUGUGCCACUUGCUGACGUAGUAUGAGGUCGUCAGGGAGCAAGGAUUUGGGAUAUUUGACCUGGUUUAUGUGUUCGCGCGAGGAAAGCAUCACUCGUGGGCGCGGGCAAAGGGGCCGGAAUGUAUGGUAAAACAACCCGUUCCGGUGGUGUUAGAAGUGACAAGUGACGGCUGCUGAUUGACGGUUUUACACGAACCACAAUAACUGUCGCUUGCGUUUCGUUUUAGAAACGAAUCUCAGGGGGUCAAAUGUUAGAGGCACUCUUUAGACUAAAAAACGUAAAGAAGAGGUUUUCAUUGAAAGGACGUGGAAACAUCAAGACACAAACAAAAUUUUGG